AUGUCCGACGAUGAAGCACAUCAAGAUUUUCAAAGAGAAGAAUCGAUCCCGUUGGACGCUGCUUUAAAAGUCGGUGCUGAUCACAUCUGCCAAUGUCGUCAACAAAUAGAUAAAAGGAAUCCCGAAUUCUUUGCUGAAUCUGCUAAAGAGAAACUUCAAGAAUUCACUUUGGUCGUCUGUGGUGGACCACGGACAGGUAAAAGCACACUGAUUAAUGCCAUUCUCAAUAAAAAUCUUGCACCAGUUCGUUCGGGUUUUGCGCCUGUAACUAUCGAGAAUACCUGCUAUAAACUCGAUGGCAUUUUUCCAGAGAUUGUCGACGAACAAACAGGUAAAAAACAACAGGAAUCACAACCAUUUCAAAUAAGUGUUUGGGACACAAAAGGAAUUACCACAUGGAAUGAAUCGGUUGUGAAAGUAGUUCGAGAGCAGAAUCCUAUGUGUGUUCUGUUGUGUUCAUCGCCAGGUUCAUUUGCCAAAGAUGAUUUUAUCAAACCAUUAAUUCAAGAAUGUGUCAAUUGGAAUGUAUUAGUUGCUUUCGUCUGUACGAAUCGAUGGAAUGACAGUGACAUCAAACGGCAACGAGUCAUGGAAGAAUUUCACGAUUUAUUGAAGAUUUACAACACCAAAAUUUGUGAAGAAGAUGGUAUUCGAUAUUAUGGUGAUAUUGGACUGAUCGCUAUGGUCAAUAGUGUACCGUAUGUCAAUAAUCGUCUUGGAAUCUAUAAACCGAAAAGUGGUGUCGGUAGUUUACUCUAUGGCAUCAUGAGAUCAUUGAAUGACGAGAAAUUGAUGGGUUGGUGCUGUACAUUGAUGGAGAACGAAGGAUUUUGGACACAUAUGCAAACUCAAAUUCAAGAAUUCUUUGCUGGAAAAUUCGCGUAUGGUAAAUCGAUCCUAUGGUCAUUGUCAAGAUAUAUGACCAUGAUAAAAUGAAAAACUUUUUUUACAGCAGCUUAAAUAAAUAAAAGACAUAUAGUUUCUAGUUUUUCGUCAUUUCACGACGUUUCGUUAAAUUUAUUAUCAUUUUCAAGUAAAGGUACAUGGGAAGUAAUCAUUUAAACAGAACAAAGUAUAACAUAUAGAAUAGUAUAGGAUAGGCGUAAAUUAUAAUUAGUUAAGGGAUCAGCUAUUGAACUUUACAGAAAAAAAGCUUGUUAGCGCAGCCCCUUUGGGGCUGAAAUGUGGAACUCACAUAUACACUCUAGCCUGAUUAAACUAAUACAAAAUACGUAAAGUGAUAAAUCUCUCGUAGACUAUAGCUGUCUUACAGGCUGAUCGAUAUCUAGAAUGAUGACUUCUCUAAUUUCUGCAUUUCGAACAGAAAUUUUUCAUUUUUCUCUAUGAGCGCCCUAUUUUU